UUCUCCUUGUGGCCCUACUGUGUGCAGGAAGAGCUCAGGGACUGCUGUGCUACCAGUGCGAAGGAGUCCCAUUCGAGACUUCCUGCCCAUUAGUUUCCUGCCACUUCACUGAUGGAUUCUGCAUUGCUCAAAACGUAGAAAUGGUUGACGGCUCUCAAAGAAUGAAACUAAAGAACCUUCGGUGCCUUGCUUUCUGCCCUGCUGAUGUGCCAAUCAGGGAUCCUAACAUCAAGGAGAACUCUUUCUGUUGCAAGGAAGACUUCUGCAAUGCAGCAGUUCCCACUGGAGGAAUCCAGGGUCUCGUGCAUGUGAAGAAGCAUCAUCAAGCCACACAUCAGCACAGGGCACUUCCAAGGAGCACUUGCUUGUGGUGGGGAAGCCCAGGAGAUGAGCAAUCAAUGGUUAUAAAAUUCAUCCUGGUCAGAGAUAUCCUUUGUAUUUUACAACAGCCUGAGUGACUAUCUAAUCUUGGGACCAGGCCAACUCUGACACCAGUAGUCAUUACAUUCACCUCAAUCCAGUUAUUCUUCCUAUAUCAUUAUCUUGAGCAUUGUUUCUAAGUCAACCAGAAACCAUCUUAUGGAUGAAGCUGUAUGUAAAUAUCUUCAAUGUCAACAUGUAUUAAGUUUUACUGUACUCAUGGAGCUGAGUUGAUCAUUAGCUGAAUACUUCUUCCAAAUGUGUGCUGUGCUUAACUAAAUAUGGACAAAAUA